GCAAAAAUCAUGUUCGAACGUGAAAUUAAAAAUUGAGAGACGUCUUUUUAUUUUCCAUAAAGAAACUGUCGAAAAAUUAAAUUAAAUUGAUGUAUAUAUAUAUGUAUAUUCCCUUAUAAUUUUUUAUUAAUAGUAAAAAAUAUAACAUCGAUAUAUUUUGCAAAGUGAUGUCCAUGUGAUUUGUGUAUACAAGUGAUUUAGUGAUUAUGUACUCGAGAACGCGAUACUUUCGGUGUCAUAACUGCGACUCUGUCAGAUAAAAAUAUUUUUUUUCAAAUUCAUAUCGAUUAUGUUGAAAAACUUACACUGCCAAUUUAUCAGAUUUGUCCCUGAAGUACAAAGAUUGUACAAAGUUCUGCCAAAAUGGAAUUGUCGUUACAAAAUAAUGAAAUUUCAAACGAUCCGGAGACCAAGGGUUUUAGUUUAUCAGCUGGAAAUACUUGGAUAUAUCCGGAAAAUUAUCCAAUCCGCCAAUACCAGUAUAACAUAGUUAAAUCAGCUUUAUAUCAAAACACCUUGGUUUGUUUACCCACUGGUUUGGGAAAGACUUUUAUCGCCGCUGUUGUGAUGUAUAAUUUUUGGAGAUGGUACCCAUUUGGAAAGAUUGUGUUUUUAGCACCAACAAAACCUCUUGUUGCUCAACAAAUUGAUGCCUGUUACGAAGUAAUGGGUAUUCCAAGUGUUGACAUGAUAGAACUUACAGGUGCAGUUAAUCAAAAGAAUCGUGUAGUUGCUUGGUGCAAGAAGAGAAUAAUAUUUGCCACUCCACAAGUAUUUCAUAAUGAUUUGGAGAAAGCAAUUGUUCCCAGUCAUUUAGUCAAAUGUGUUGUUGUAGACGAAGCUCAUAAAGCUUUAGGCAAACAUUCAUACUGUGAGUGUAUUAGGAUUUUAUACACACAGAAUCAAUAUUUUAGAAUAUUAGCACUUUCUGCUACACCUGGGAAUAAAAUGGAUAAUGUUCAUGAGAUAAUACAAAAUUUACGUAUUUCCCAUCUGGAGUUGAGAGAUGAGACUUCAAUCGAUAUAAUGCCAUAUGUUAAUAAAAGAAAAGUAGAUAUUAUUUUAGUACCGCUUAGCCAUGAAUUAGCUGUAUUCAAAGAUAAAUAUAUUGUUAUUAUGGAUCGCCAUGUUAAGUUUCUUAUGCAAUGUAAUAUAUUACGAGCAGAAACUGCAAAUAUAUCGAAAGGAAGGAUAUUCCAUUUAUUAAAAGAAUUCAAAGAAAAGACGGACAAAUCUGGAAAUUAUGGGCAGAUUAUGAAGACAUUGAAUAUAUUAUUGACUAUGUAUCAUGCUUAUGAACUUAUGAUCAGACAUGGAUUGCGUGCCUUUUGUAAAUUUUAUGAAACUCAUUCUGAUAAGUUUUGGAUGCAUAACGAAAAUCAAUUGAAAGGUUUACUUCAUGACAUAGAAACUUAUCUUGGACCGUUUCCGGAUAUACUUCCUAAUGGACACGUAUCUGAAAUAUCAGCAGAUCUUGUAUUUGGACAUAAUAAAUUUCACAAAUUAAAAGAAUUGCUUGAACAUCACUUUAAAUGCAAAAAUGAUGAUCGACAAGACACAAGAGCUAUAGUUUUUGUUGAAUACAGAGACAUAGUCAAUGAAGUCUAUAUUUUACUCUUGAAAUCAAAACCAGUGAUCAGGCCACAGAUGUUUGUUGGCCAAGCUAGUCAGAAACAGAAGCAACAAAUAAAAGCAUUGGAGGAUUUUCGAAGCAAUCGUGUCAAUGUGCUGAUUUCAACAAGUAUAGGUGAGGAAGGAUUGGAUGUAGGGGAAGUAGACCUCAUAAUAUGUUUUGAUGUAUCACAACAUUCUCCAAUAAGACUAGUUCAAAGAAUGGGUAGAACGGGACGUAAACGAGAUGGUCAUAUAAUUGUUCUUGUUACAGAUGGAAAGGAGCAUGAGAAUUUGAAAUCUACGCUUUCUAAAAGAGACUCCUUGAACAAUAAAAUAUUAAACACAAGCAACAUAUUCUCUUCUUUAUAUGAGAAUAAUCCUAGGAUGAUACCAAGUCAAUUUACUCCAGAAUGUUACAAGAUGCAUAUUAUUGCACCACCAAAGACGCCAAAUGUAAAGGAUAAAAGAAAAAAAAAGAGAAAUGAGAAAAAGGAAAUCAAUAAGAAAAAUGAAAUAUUUACCACAAAACAGAAAGAAACCUCAUCUAUAAAAAAAGAUACAAAUCAAUCAUCGAUGAUGAAGUUUCUUACUAAUAGUAAAUGCAAUGAACAGAGUCAGAAUAAUACAUGUAAUAUUCUUACUCAAUCAACAACGCAGUGUAAUAAUCUGCAAAAUAUGAUAAAUCCUAAUAAUAUCAAACUGUUAUCUGAUGAUAAUGCAGGAGUCGAUUUUCUUACACUAUGCGCAGUAAAGAGAUCUGAGGAAGAAAUAUCUUCCAAGUCUGUACAUAAAAUGGAUACGACUUAUAUUCCUAUAGCACAGCCAGUUAAAGAUUUGUUCAAUUUUGUAUUGCCUGACAUAGCAGUUAUUGAUUGUUUUUUUACAAGCUUUAAAGAUAUUUCAGCAGCAGAAUGUAAAGGCUGUGAAGAUGAUGUACCAACGCAAAAUAAAAAUAAUGAAGAUGAAAAUAUUCAUGACAAUAAUGAUUGCAUUGAUAUCGAUGAUAAUAAUUUUUGGUGUACUAUCCGAAACGAAAAUAACAUUGAUAACAACGAAAUAAGAUUCGAAGAUAUACUUGAUGAGAGUUCCGAUUCGAGCAAAACAACAAUUUCAUAUCUAGACAAACAAAUUAAAGAUAUUGAGAUAAAUUCGAGUAAUAUCAAAGUUUCUGUAUCUCAUACAAAAGAUGAUAAUAAAGCUAUGAUUGAUAUAGGAGUAGAAGUACCAAAUAACACAGCAGGCCUAGAAUCUAGUUUAUUUGAAAACAUAUUAAAUGAGUCAUUUAGUUCAAUCGAAGAUCAUUUAGAAAAGGAAGAUAUGUCACGACAAAAUACAGUAUCUUCAAACUCUCCAAAUGUUUUUUCAAAUGUAAAAAAAAAUAACGUUACUGAUGAAAAUACUGUUAAUACCUUACAUGACAAAGAUAAUACUAAAUCUGAUUCAAAUCUAUCAUUAUUUAUGGAACCUGCUAAACCUAAUCAAAUAAAUAAAUUUAUAGACGAAAUACAAGAUUUUGAUUUUAAUAGUGAUGAUGAUAUAAAUGAAUUUGUUAGGCAUGAAUCGAGUAGGAAUAAAUCGAAACAUAAUUCAAAGGCGGAAGAGAGCAUGUUAUCUAUAACUCAAGCUAUUAAUGACAUAGCAAAAAUAAAGAAAGAUUUGAAAAUAUCGCCGAAAUCUUCUAUAUGUAAGGAAGAGUCAAUUAACGAGAAUAGCACUGGCUGGAUUUCAGUAAAUACCAAGAAUGAAAUUAAAAUAAAAAAAAGAAACACGAGUUCGAGAAUAGAAAAAAAGAUAUCAAAUCUUUGCAAUUCUACUGCGAAAUCAGGUGCUACCAAACAGGAUUUUUAUUUCCCGGACGAUUCCGAUGAAGACUUCAUGAUCACAGAGGAUAACGCAAAGAAAUUUAAUGAACUUGAAAGCUGUUAUUUUCGCGAUAUGUCGAAAAACUGGGAGGAUAAAAGUAGUUGUUUGCCUAGUACAUCGAGAAAUUCGGAAAAUAAAACCAAUUAUUUUGAUAAUACAUCGAAACAUUCGGAAGCUAAAAGCUAUAGCGAUAAUAUGUCGAAAAAUAUGAAACCGCGUGGUACGUCAACGCCGACCAAUAACAGACGUGCGGGAUUGUCUUUAAAACGAAAUAAGGUCCAAUAUCUAGAUAAUAAUAAGAUAGACUUGAGUUUAUUUGAAGCAUCUAGUAGAUACAUGAAUAAUACAAAAAAUAAAAGUACUUUGGAAUCUAGUUCGCCAAAGCAAAUGGUUUCUUUGGAUGAAACAAUCGCACAGAAAAUCAGACAUGAACACAAACGUAGAAACAAUGUUAAAAACGAGUUUAUAGAUGACGAAGCGGAAGUAGAUUCUGAUGCCAGUUCGGAUGAAACCAUUAUUGUAGAUGAAGACGAUCUUGCAGAUUUCGUGAGCUAUACACAAUAUCAGCAAGAUGAAGUUGACAUGCAGGCGCAUUAUUUGCAAACUAUUAAGAGCCCAAUCAAACAACCGGGCGCCUUUCAUUUCAGAAAACCACGGUCACCUGAUUUAAACACAGAGAUUUAUUCACAGCCGUUGUCACAAGAGCAAGAUUCGUAUCUUUAUGUACGAUUCAUUUUGCGUUAGAGAAGAUAUCGAGCCAAGUAUCCUCGUCAAUAACGAUACAAUAUUAGAAAGAGCUGAAAGGGAAUUAAAACGAAACAGACGAAGACGUCUCUGUUUGGAUAAGAAGACGAGAAAUGUCAAAAGGCAAAAGACAAAUCAUUCCGAGAGUAGUGAGGAUGAGAUCGAACAAUUGCGCAUACAAGUGCAAGAAGAUUAAAUAAAAGAAGGAACAAAAAUUGAAUCAAACUGUGAUGAUAGUUAGCGUCGAUGAUAGUUAUACGCAAUAAGAAAUUUAUUUUUAAAUAUGUACAAAGCAUGUGUAAAUACACUCGUUAAAGAUUCGUUAUUAUUUUUAUAUAGUAAUAUUUUCGUAAUAAAAUUGUGUCGAUCUAUCUUUAC